AAAUUACAGCAACGGGGAGGAGGCAGAACAGAAGCAAAACUUGUCUGAAGAAGUCACGUGUACUGACCGGGAAGCACCGGAGCCACUGAACACGUUCAUUCAGAGAGAGAGAGAGUGAGAGAUGGCUUUCAGUCCGAAGCGAGCGACGGCGGAGCUCCGGCACUCAAGCUCGCUCGGGAGCCGAGCCUCGUCGUCUCCUAUGAAGCGAGACGAAGACUCCUCUCCGCUGAUGCCGGAGAACCACCCCGACCAGGACGACGAUGACGAUCGCCACUCCUCCCGAGAUCGUGACCGUCCAUGCUGGUCCAAUCUGUUCCCAUUCGUCGCUGACGAGCCUAGGGCUCUGGUACAAAAUUCCAAAAUAUCGCUCCUGGUGAUAUUUAUCGUCAUUCUCGCUGGAUUAAUCUCCGUUUCCUCAAUUGUGAAUCGGCUGAAUGGUGCAUACUUGUGUCAAAAAGAUGGCAUUGUUCUUCACUGUCCUCGUGUUAAGGAACCUCCUUCACUUUGGGAGAAUCCUUAUUCAGCUACCACAUCUUGGAAGCCUUGUGCUGAGCGCCGCCUUGGUGGAAUAUCAAGUAACUCAGAUCCUCCUCCUGAGAAUGAAACAAAUGGCUAUAUAUUUAUCCAUGCUGAGGGUGGUCUAAACCAGCAAAGAAUUGCUAUCUGCAAUGCAGUUGCGGUGGCUAAAAUCAUGAAUGCCACACUAAUAUUGCCAUUGUUGAAGCAGGACCAGAUCUGGAAAGAUCAGACGAAAUUUGAAGACAUCUUUGAUGUUGACCAUUUCAUUGACUACUUGAAGGGUGAUGUGCGUAUUGUUCGUGAUAUACCUGAAUGGUUUUCUGAUAAAUCAGAGCUAUUUACAAGUAUAAGACGGACAGUGAAAAACAUUCCAAAAUAUGCUCCAGCACAGUUUUACAUUGACAAUGUUUUGCCUCGGAUCAAGGAGAAGAAAAUAAUGGCCCUGAAGCCUUUUGUUGAUCGACUUGGGUAUGAUAAUGUUCCUCCAGAAAUCAACAGGCUUAGGUGUAGGGUGAACUAUCAUGCUCUGAAGUUUCUCCCUGAUAUUGAGCAAAUGGCUGAUCAAUUGGCAUCAAGAAUGAGAAAUCGAACAGGCAGUUCAAAUCCUUAUAUGGCUCUUCAUCUUAGAUUUGAGAAAGGUAUGGUGGGUCUAUCGUUCUGUGAUUUUGUGGGAACAAGGGAUGAGAAAGCUAAAAUGGCUGUCUACAGGAAAAAGGAAUGGCCUCGACGGUACAAGAAUGGGUCACAUUUGUGGCAACUGGCCCUGCAGAAGCGGAAGGAAGGACGCUGCCCUCUUGAGCCUGGGGAAGUGGCAGUGAUUCUUAGGGCUAUGGGCUAUCCUAAAGAGACACAAAUUUAUGUUGCUUCUGGGCAGGUCUACGGUGGACAGAACCGGAUGGCACCACUCAGGAACAUGUUCCCAAAUUUGGUCACGAAGGAGGAACUGGCAAGCAAGGAGGAGUUGGAUGGUUUCAGAAAGCACGUGACGAGCUUGGCAGCCCUAGAUUUCUUGGUUUGCUUGAAGUCCGAUGUCUUCGUGAUGACCCACGGGGGCAACUUCGCAAAACUGAUAAUUGGUGCUCGUAGGUACAUGGGUCACCGGCAGAAGUCCAUAAAACCAGACAAAGGGCUCAUGUCUAAAUCAUUUGGAGACCCCUACAUGGGUUGGGCUCCCUUCGUGGAAGAUGUUGUCGUCACUCACCAGACACGGACUGGAUUGCCAGAGGAAACAUUCCCUAACUAUGAUCUCUGGGAGAACCCUCUGACUCCAUGCAUGUGUAGAGCCUGACCGCGGCAACUGCACGUAUGAUGAUUAACAAUGAGAUUAAUUUUGUUGACACUCUUGAAAGGAACGUGUGCGCAAACACUGGGAAAAAGAGAAACGUGCUCUCGUACUUCUUGUAUGCAAGGAAAAAAUUUACACAGAAAGUUAGGACAAUCAUAAGGUGACAGCGAGGAGAAAAGGGAAAAUUGCUUUAGGCACGAGUGUGUAUGAUGGCAGGUGCUUUACCAUGAUUUCUAGGAGACCCUUGUUCACUGAUCAUUUGGUGUGAAGCUCUUUCUUUCUGGAGACCGAUUGCGGUCGACUCUGGGCAUCUGAGAACCUUCUCCUUUACCCUUUUUGAGUGAUAUUAUGUAGACUACAGCUGCAAUUAUUGUGCCAGUUUUAUAGUUGUGUUGUAAUGUGAUUUGUAUUUAAACGAAAAUUUCCCCCUUGUUACAAGCUCAAAUCGACAAUGCCCAAGCAAGAAAAUUAUUUACUCCAA